CACUUUUAAGCCCUUUUAAAAGGAGAACGGCGUGGAAACUCGGUUCCCUUCUUUUCUCGCAUAAUUUCAGGCCUUCCACCGGAGUCGACAAAGUCGGGAAAGUGGGUUCAGAUGCGAGAAAGUAGCGGUUAGAAAUUCCGAUCCGGCUGCGAUCGAGGCGGGAACGAAGGGUUACGGAUGGAUUACCGUUUUGUACAUCUCAAUCCUCUAAAUUUCUCAUCCUUGCCAUCUGCUCGCCCACUCCUCGGAGCCAACCAUACGUCCGCCCGCUUCUGCUCACGCUAGGGUUUUCAUCGCCGCUUACGUCGCAUUCUUUUCUUGGUUAUUUAUUGUUUCGAUUUCUUUUUUGUCAAAAUUCUUUCCCAUUUCGCAAUUUUUGACUGAUUCUUUCGUAAAUAGAGAUCCGAUUUAUUAGGAUUUAGGUAGUCGGGCCUCCUGCAGGCAUGGAGCCGGCGGCGAAACCAAGUUUCGCGCGGGGCUUCAUUUCUCGCCUCUUGCUUUUGGGAGUCUUUAUCCUUCUCUUUCGAUUUGUCUAUGUGGUAACCGUUCGUGGCGGUUCCUGCGCGUCCGGCGAUUUCUGCUUCUCCUCUUCCUCCACAGAGUUCUUCAGUCUUCCCGGUGGUGUGUCUGGGGGCGCCGCUUUCGUUCGUGUGUCCGACGGAUCAACGAUCAGCCCUGAGCUCCGCCACCUAUGGACGAGCAGGGAGUGGCGCAAAGCGGUGGAAUUCUACUCCUCCGUUUUCCAGGAUCUCAUUGUUGAGAGUUUCCUCUCCCCAACCUCGAAAUCCCUCUGCGUGGAGGCCGCUUCGGGUCACGAGGUGCUCGCCUUGAAGGAGAUUGGUGUUGCUGAUGCCGUCGGGAUUUCCAAGAAGAAGUCUCCGCCGCUGGUCGUCGCAGGAGACAUUCUCCACCAGCCAUUCGGAGACAAUACAUUCAACUUUGUCUUUGUCGGUCGUAUCCUUGAUCAGAUCCGCCGACCGGCUGAUCUCGCCGGGGAAAUAGCGCGGGUGCUGAAACCCAAAGGGAUUCUGGUGCUUCUCACCGCGUCUGGCGGUGACUUAUACAGCCUUCAUUCCCUCGAAAUUCUGUUUGCUUGCUGCAAGAUGGUUCGGUCCCGGGAGAUCAAGAGUCCCGAUUCUUCAAAAUCACUUCGCGAGAUUGUUUUUCAGAAGGAAGAGGUUAUUCAAAUUAUUAGCCACAAUGGGAUGGAAACCGAUGAUGAUGUCGAUCCUUCCAUUGGUGGCAAUUUGGUUAAUAAAUGCUCUAUGCCUGAGCAUAAACUGCAAUUGCUGCGUUCGGCGGAACCUCUGAUUGAAGAGGAGCCACAGAAGCCAUGGAUCACACUGAAGAAGAACAUCAAGAACAUCAAGUAUCUUCCAUCGAUAGUGGACAUGAGCUUCAAGCAGAGAUAUGUUUACAUAGAUGUUGGUGCCCGAAGCUAUGGUUCCAGCAUUGGUAGCUGGUUCAAGAAGCAGUACCCUAAGCAAAACAAGACCUUCGAGAUUUAUGCAAUUGAGGCUGAUCGUGCUUUCCAUGGAGAGUAUGCAUCCAAGAAAGGGAUUAACUUGCUACCAUUUGCAGCUUGGGUUCGCAAUGAGUCCAUUUCUUUUGAGGUAAACCAUAAUCAGGACCCGAAGAGUGAUGAGAAAGGCAGUGGAAUGGGUAGAAUCCGAGCUGCAGGAGCUUCUUCCAAGGACCUCUCCCCUGGCAAUUUGCAUAUGAUUCAAGGUUUUGAUUUUGCUGAGUGGCUGAAGAACACAGUGACCGAGAAGGACUUUGUGGUGGUGAAGAUGGAUAUAGAGGGGACAGAAUUUGAUCUGGUACCUAGGCUAUUUGAGACUGGCGCAAUCUGUUUGCUUGAUGAGCUCUUCCUAGAGUGCCACUAUAAUCGGUGGCAGAGGUGCUGUCCUGGUAAGAGGUCUCCUAAAUAUCAGAACACUUACGGGCAGUGCAUCCACUUGUUCUCUUCUCUACGAGAGAGUGGGGUUCUGGUUCAUCAGUGGUGGUGACUUGCGUUUGAUUGCAGUAACGAAAAUCAAUACAAAGAAAUACUAAAAUUUCUGUAAGUCCUUGAGUUGUUUCAUUUCUUUAAGGAGUUGUCCUUAAUUCAGUUUAUUUUUACCUUUAGACACUGUGAUUCCCUUUACAUACUUUAAUUGUUCAUCACAAGUGUAAAAGUUUCCUUCCAAUGUAUUUGAGUCCUGUUAUUUAUUUAGAGAAUUAAAUUCAUUUCCAAUUAUUUGGAGUGUCGAA